AACCUCCGCGCAUAUCUCAUUUCCCUCUCUUUGCUUCUCCUUUAGUUUACUCUCGAAUCUGCUCUGCUAGGGUUUCUCUCAGUCGAUCCGCCGAGAGCCUUGCUGCCACGAUCUCGAUUCGUGCUCUGUCUUUUUCGUCUUUUUAAGCAUGUCGCUCAGGCCGAACACCAACACUCGCACUGAGGCCCGCCGGAACCGGUACAAGGUGGCUGUAGAUGCUGAUGAAGGCCGCAGGAGGAGGGAAGACAACAUGGUGGAGAUCAGGAAGAGCAAGCGCGAAGAGAGCUUGCAGAAGAAGAGGCGUGAGGGCCUCCAGGCCGCCCAACAGUUCCCCACCGCCGUCCACUCCUCUAAUGUCGAGAAGAAGUUAGAAAGUCUUCCAUCUUUGGUUUCUGGUGUUUGGUCGGAUAAUAGUACUUCGCAGUUGGAGGCGACUACGCAUCCUCCGAUCGAGGAGGUGAUAAAUUCAGGUGUGGUUCCACGUUUUGUUGAAUUUCUUACGAGGGAAGAUUUUCCUCAACUUCAGUUUGAGGCUGCUUGGGCUCUUACAAAUAUUGCAUCUGGAACCUCGGAAAAUACAAAGGUUGUUAUUGAUUAUGGUGCUGUUCCGAUAUUUGUUAAGCUUCUUGCUUCUCCGAGUGACGAUGUUCGGGAGCAGGCUGUGUGGGCAUUAGGGAAUGUUGCUGGGGAUUCACCAAGGUGCCGUGAUCUUGUCCUCAGCCAUGGAGCUCUGAUGCCUCUGCUAGCUCAGCUGAAUGAGCAUGCAAAGCUGUCUAUGCUGAGAAAUGCGACAUGGACACUGUCAAACUUCUGCAGAGGCAAGCCACAGCCUCCAUUUGAGCAGGUGAGGCCAGCUCUUCCAGCUCUUGAACGUCUUGUACAUUCCAAUGAUGAAGAAGUCCUGACUGAUGCCUGCUGGGCACUCUCUUACCUUUCUGAUGGUACAAAUGACAAAAUUCAAGCUGUCAUUGAAGCAGGGGUUUGCCCCCGACUUGUGGAGCUCCUGCUUCACCCAUCUCCUUCAGUGCUCAUUCCCGCUCUUCGUACAGUUGGAAAUAUUGUGACAGGAGAUGAUAUGCAGACUCAGUGUAUUAUCAACCAUGGCGCCCUACCAUGUCUUUUGAGCCUGUUGACUCAUAACCAUAAAAAGAGCAUUAAGAAAGAAGCUUGUUGGACCAUUUCGAACAUUACAGCUGGAAACAAGGAGCAGAUCCAGGCUGUAAUUGAUGCUGGUAUAAUUGGUCCCCUGGUCAACCUACUUCAGAAUGCUGAGUUUGAUAUAAAGAAAGAAGCUGCAUGGGCUAUUUCAAAUGCUACCUCCGGUGGUGCGCAUGAGCAAAUCAAGUACCUAGUCAGUCAGGGGUGCAUAAAACCAUUGUGUGAUCUCCUUGUGUGCCCAGACCCACGAAUCAUAACUGUUUGUCUAGAAGGAUUAGAGAAUAUUCUGAAGAUUGGUGAGGCUGAGAAGGCUGCAGGUGCAUCUGGAGAUGUUAAUGUUUAUGGUCAGUUGAUAGAAGAUGCUGAGGGAUUAGAGAAGAUUGAAAAUCUGCAGAGUCAUGACAACAAUGAAAUAUAUGAGAAGGCUGUUAAAAUUCUUGAGACUUAUUGGUUGGAAGAGGAGGAUGAAGCUUUACCUCCAGGUGAUGGCACCCAGCAAGGUUUCCAGUUUGGAGGGAAUGAAGUUCCUGUUCCAUCUGGUGGAUUCAACUUUAGUUGAAGGGAUCUAUUGGAUGGAGAAAAUUAUGCCUGGGGUUCCAAUUUGCAAGGUAUAUGUUGAUGGUGAAGUGUGGGGUCAGGUCUUGUCGGGUCAAGGUGCUUGAUGUGCCUGGUCUUAGUCUGUCCAGUGUCAAUUAUGGUCAGAGGUGCCUGCAUGGGUCUGUUUAUGCUAUAUGGUUUCCAAAUAAGGUGGUGGGUGGACACUUGUGAUUGGACAAGUUUUGCGAUCAGCAAUGUAUCUGGCUUAUUCCUGUUAUGUGGAAUUGCUAACUGGUAGAAUCAAUGCUAUGGGAAAUGUCCAGUAGGUGAUGCAUAAACAGGACCCAUAGACGGGUUGCUAGUAAGGGUUGCUAGAGUGCGGGAUUAGUCUUCUGUUGUGUCAGAGUUGUACUAGUAGUUUUUAUGCCGUCAUUUUUUUUUCCUUUUUGGGUCUUCCAGCAUGAGUACAGUAUUGAUUGUUAUGUUGAUAAACCUUAUUUUCUAGUAUUUUGGAAGAAUGAAUUUAUUCAGUCUACAAGUGUUAUGCUAAACUAUACAUCUUCUUCGGUGAAAAUAAGAUGUUAUGCAUCCUUGAAAGGGUCAAAAUUAGGGCAAGAUCAAUGGAAUGAUCUCAAUUUGCUGCCUCACAUCAUGCCCUUUCAGGUAAGUCAUUGAGUCUCUUCCAGACAACUGAUAAUUCUGUCUUAAAACUUUUUGCUGCAAGCGUGAUCUUUUGAAACAAGAAGUGCCUUUCUUCGAAUGGGCUAAUUUUUGCCUGAGCUAACGUAGAUCGUCCUCAAGAAAGGAAAUGUCCAACAGAAAUGGAAUCCCCUAGUAAUUGGUAACGAAACAACAAUAUAUGGAGGUAGCAUGUCUGUCUGCUUCGAGUGCUGUUUUUUCUCCAUAGAUGGAUAGUGACUGUUUCCUCAUAACAGCAUCAAUAGGUCCAACCUGACUGGAUAUUAGUAAAAUUCGAAUUUUAUUAUUCUCUUCUCCUAUGAUCUUAUCCCCCGUCGCUAUGAUCCCGUUGGCUGGGAUUUUUUUAGAUCUGCUUCGUGCGGUUUGGCUAUGUCGGUUUGAUUCCCUUCUCUCUCUUUCUCUCUCAAUUUCUAGCGCUGUCAUACACAGUCUCUCUAGCACACACUAUCCCUUCCUCCCUCCCUCUCUCGUCGUGCAUGUCGGUUCCCUUUUUAGGUUAAGCCAAAAUUUUGAUUCUCUCAUUUCAUUUCUUCUGCUGCUGCGGUUGUUCCCAUCUCUCUCUCUCUCUAUCCCUCUGUUUCAUUCUGCAUCAUUUGAUUUGUCUCAAGUUUAGGAGAUCGCUUAAAGUUGUGCUUUUUCUUCUGAUUUCUCCCUUUCCGUCUCUGGGUUUUCGUUGUCUCGAUCUGUUGUGGGUUCAAGUUUGUUAGAUCUUUUUAUAUCCUAUUGGGUUCCCUCUGUUUCUCUCGGAUAGGAAUCUGGGGUUGUGUGCUAGAUAGAAUCGGAUCAGUGGGUUCGUAUCACUACCCCACUUUGAGCUUUCCAUUUGUUUCUUAUCCCGGAUCCUUUCAGAUCUUUGAAUUUGGUGGUAAAAAUGUUGGAUCAGAGUGAGAAAGGAUUGGAUUCUGAAGAUCGGAACAAGAAAUCCUCAAAUGGGUUUAGCCCCAAAGAAACCCAAAAUCAAGGUGGUGAAACGAAGAAGACCUGCGCUGAUUGUGGUACCUCCAAAACCCCUCUCUGGAGAGGUGGUCCGGCAGGCCCCAAGUCACUAUGUAAUGCAUGUGGGAUUCGAAGCAGGAAGAAGAGAA